AUGGCUCGUACCAAGCAAACUGCCCGCAAGUCCACUGGUGGCAAGGCCCCAAGAAAGCAGCUCGCCUCCAAGGCCGCUCGCAAGUCUGCACCAUCCACCGGAGGUGUCAAGAAGCCUCACCGCUACAAGCCUGGUACCGUCGCUCUCCGUGAGAUCCGUCGCUACCAGAAGUCGACUGAGCUGUUGAUCCGAAAGCUCCCCUUCCAGCGUCUGGUCCGUGAAAUCGCUCAAGACUUCAAGUCCGACCUCCGCUUCCAGUCAUCCGCCAUCGGUGCUCUCCAAGAGUCCGUUGAGGCUUACCUCGUCUCUCUCUUUGAGGACACCAACCUUUGCGCCAUCCACGCCAAGCGUGUCACCAUCCAGUCCAAGGACAUCCAGCUCGCUCGUCGUCUCCGUGGCGAACGAUCUUAG